UUAUCUAAACUCAUGGUUUCUGACUAUUGAUAAGUACCUAAACACAUGGUUCCUGACUAUAGAUAAGUAACUAAACACUUGGUUUCUGACUAUAGAUAAGUAGCUUAACACAUGGUUUCUGACUAUCUAUAAGUACCUAAACACAUGGUUUCUGACUAUAGAUAAGUAACUAAACACAUGGUUUCUGACUAUAGAUAAGUACCUAGACACCUGUUUUCUGACUAUGGAUAAGUAACUAAACACAUGGUUUCUGACUAUUGAUAAGUACCUAAACACAUGGUUUCUGACUAUAGAUAAGUACCUAUUACAGCAAGUCACGUUGAUUGUGACCUGUUACCUGUUACAUUUGUUCUGACGUAUGCUGGUCGAAAGUAGAAUUCUAAUUGAUUGGCCCAACAUCAAAGUCAUCUAUCGUAAAAACUCCUAUCGUGUAAAUUUUGCAACACAGUCAUCUAUUGUAAAAUCUCUUUAUUCUGUAAGUUUUGUAACUCAUAAUACAUCCAUUUCCAUUGUGCCGUGUGUACCUCCAGGUAACAUGACCUUUAACCCUGCGACAUCUUUCUAUUGAUUGCAUCAAGUACACCAACAUACAAAUAUCUUUAUUAAACAGAAAAUUUCAAACAAUAAAUUGUAAUGAUGGCUCAUCGUACAGUGCAGGUCAGAGGUUGUUCUUGUCUACGAUAAGACAUGGCAUUCUGCUUUUUAUAAAAACAGGAGCAUUCAUUGACAAAUGAACCAAUCCUCUGUAGUGUUUCCAUAGCAUUUCAUAGCUUGUGUUUAAGGUGGAACAGUGAACAUGUAAGGGUCUGUACGAUAUUCCAUUUACUAGGAUGUAAAGUUUUUAAGUGUGAAAUAGUAUCAGUAUUUAUUGAAUAAUUUUGAAGUGUAAAUAAGAAGGAGAGGUAGUAUACAUAGCAUAUCUAUGACACUUCAACAGAAACAAGGAAGAACAGAUUUUUUCCAGGAAGGGAAAUAAAACAUCAAUUGGAGCAUGAUAAAUAUAUUAAAAAUAUUUAUAGAUUAGAACUUUUCAUAUACCACACCAAAAAUAGAUAAGUUGAUGAAAAGGAAUUGUCGACUAUAUAAGUUUACUGUUAAUAUCAUGAGGUGAUUUACAUACACAUGUUCUACAUGACUAGAAUUUUAGCCCACCAUUACCAGAUGGUGGCCAGAUCAAAUCGCCCUUUGUCCGUCAUUCGUCCAUCCAUAGACUGUUCUUGGUAUUGAUAUAUCUUAAAAAGAACUGAACAGAUAUUUUAUUAAUUUCAUUUGUAGGUUACCUAUGGUCCAUGAUAGCGAAUGUUUCAUUUUGGAACUGAUCGGGGAAAAAACAAAAUGGCUACCAAUUGAGCAGCCAUCUCAUAUUUUGAGAUUUCAAGCUUGUUAUAGCUCUUUCUCAGGAAAUAAACAAUGACCUCAAUUGAAAAAGAAAGCUCCCGAUCCCAGCUGUAUGAAGUAUUUAUCAAAAGAUAUCACAAGAUGCAUUCACGGUUGACAAACUAUAAAUUCUACAGAGAAAGGAGGAGAAAUGAAAGGAAAAGAUCAAGCUGAUGUAGACCUAGAAGACCUUAUGAUGGUGGGCACCAAGAUCCCUCUAGGAUCUCUUGCUUUUAGAGAGAUAAACAUUUUUUUUUAAACAUUCCAUGAUAGGAAUACAUCCUUUUUAUUAGUUGGACCUGAUGAUAGUCCAUUGAUCAGAAAAUAUCUCACAUGUAUGACCUUUAACCUCAACUGUGCCGAUUCAGUCUGUAAGGCCUACAUCCUACCAGGAGUUGCAAUAGGACUUUAACUGAAAAGGGGGUACUUGUCAUAUAUCUGCACAGAAGUGGCAGGUAGAUAUUGUGGAAUACAGACUGGCAGACUAACUCCUCCCUGAAUCAUCACAACUUUGUCCUGUUCUGAUGUAUUUGUUCUGUAAGGUAAACGGUACCACUGCUGUGAAAGUUUUGUUUAAGUCCUUUUCAAAAUAAAUAAUUUUCGCCAUGCAUUUUAUGGAAUUGUAGUUGUUUUAAAUGUUAGUGCAGCAUCAUUUAAGGGCCUCAAAGCUUAAAAAAAAAAAAUUGGGCUGGGCGGUCACUCGGUCAGAAAGAGUCCUUCCGGUUGAUUCAUUUUCUAUAUGGAAGGGAGAAUACUCUUAAGUUAAAACAAAACGGAACUCUUCUUUGCUAUUAUAACUGACACAGUGGUACCCGUUACCUUAAGCUAGUACAAUGGCCAAUUUGCUAAAGGGAGAUCAGUUUUACAGAUUACUUUGCUUGCAUCAUUUUCCUGUUAAAUAUUUCACCAAACUUCCACCAAAUAAGAAUAGCAACUGUUGAUUUAAUUGUUACUGUAGAAAAUGUAUAAGGAUAUGUUGUGUGCUUGUGUUUGUCAAUAUAAGAUAUUUUGUGUGUUAAGUACUACUCUGUGAAGGUGUGACCAAGCGACUGGUUUUGCAUAAUAACGAUGAUAAACAAAAUCAUAAUGGCUUGCCGCCUUAUGUGUUGUCAAGUUUCUACUUCUGCAUGGCUCUAAAUCUUUGGGGUUUUUUGUUUUCAUUAUCAUCAUCAGAUACAUUUGUAUACGGGUUGCUGGUCAGUGUGAAUGACAUGCUGGGACAAACACAUGUAACUGUGUGAUAUAACACUUAUUUUGUGCCAUUUUUAAUCACUUGAUCAGUUCAGUCUGAGUACACAAUACAUAAAAGCAGGGUUUUUUUGUUUAACAAACAUGAAAAAUGAAAAAACUUAAUUCACAAAUUAUAAUUUGUAUGUCUAAAUCUUAUAAAUAUUUAACCAGAGUCAACAAAAUAUUCAUUUUCAUCACAUGCCAAUUAAAUUGCUCUUCUGUUUGUGUACAAAGUGUCUGGACUGAGUAUGAGACACAUUUUCUUCGUUGAAUCUUUGUGUAUUAUGUCAAAAGACAAGCUUUGGUUUCAUGGUGACUUUGAUGCAUGCAAUUUGGUGCCAUCAGCAAGGCUUUCUGCCAACCUUGUAGGUGUCCUUUUACCUAAUGAACAGGUUAUCUCCCCUUAUGACUAAAGGUAAUCACUUAAGCCAUCUAACAUGUGGAAGUAUAUCAUAGAGAGAAGAGUCAACUUAUAGUGAGUGUUUACUCAUCUGUUUCAGGCAGAUAAAGAGAAAAUGUCAGCUUAGCAUGAUUCUGACAGGAAAUUAUUACUCACUGUUGUAUAAAAUAUCUGUGCAACUCAUGUCGGUCCUCAGCCUGCGUUUUUUUCUGCAUUAGAAUACUGCAGUGUGUUUCAAAUAUUUCAGUUUUCAUCCCACAGGGUUAUUACUUACAUGUUCAUUAUUUAUGUUUGACACACGUUGAUUGUUCUUGUUUUACUCAUUCACCGCUGAAGACACAUUUAAACUCUUCCAAUUCAAAGGUUGGAAUAGUUCAUUAUGACAUUUCAGGGGUGAAUGAGUUAAACAAUACCAGAUCUAAUGGUUUUUCAACUUUUCAUCUAUCUUUACCUCUGUAUAUUGAAUGUGAAUAUGCUACUUUUUAAUGUCUUGUGUUUGGAUAAAAGGAGUUGCCCUGUCCUUUAUAUGUACAUCCUUGUCCCUAAAAUGUCUUCUCUCCUGAUGGAAGGGAAGUGAUAUUUGUCUAAUAGUGUUGUUCAUCACACAGUCAGCAAUACACCUGAGAGACGUAAUCUAUCUGUUGAUAGUUCUUGUAGAGUACAGAUUUUAUUGUUGUUAUUAAGUUAAAUUGUUAGAUUAUUUCUGAAAAUUUAUUAUGUAUUACAAAGGUAAAUUAGUUUAUCCAUGUAUGGUAUUUGUAACUAUGGUAUCGUGUCGAUGUAUGAACAUGGUAUCGUGUCGAUGUAUGAACUUGGUAUCGUGUCGAUGUAUGAACAUGGUAUCGUGUCUAUGUAUGAACAUGGUAUCGUGUUGAUGUAUGAGCAUGGUACAGUGUCGAUGUAUGAACUUGGUAUCGUGUCGAUGUAUGAACAUGGUAUCGUGUCUAUGUAUGAACAUGGUAUCUUGUCUAUGUAUGAACAUGGUAUCGUGUUGAUGUAUGAACAUGGUAUCGUGUGGAUGUAUGAACAUGGUACAGUGUCGAUGUAUGAACAUGGUAUCGUGUCUAUGUAUGAACAUGGUAUCGUGUCGAUGUAUGAACAUGGUAUCGUGUCGAUGUAUGAACAUGGUAUCGUGUCGAUGUAUGAACAUGGUAUCGUGUCGAUGUAUGAACAUGGUAUCGUGUUGAUGUAUGAACAUGGUAUCGUGUCGAUGUAUGAACAUGGUAUCGUGUCGAUGUAUGAACAUGGUAUCGUGUCGAUGUAUGAACAUGGUAUCGUGUUGAUGUAUGAACAUGGUAUCGUGUGGAUGUAUGAACAUGGUAUCGUGUGGAUGUAUGAACAUGGUAUCGUGUUGAUGUAUGAACAUGGUAUCGUGUCGAUGUAUGAACAUGGUAUCGUGUCGAUGUAUGAACAUGGUAUCGUGUCGAUGUAUGAACAUGGUAUCGUGUUGAUGUAUGAACAUGGUAUCGUGUCGAUGUAUGAACAUGGUAUCGUGUCGAUGUAUGAACAUGGUAUCGUGUCGAUGUAUGAACAUGGUAUCGUGUUGAUGUAUGAACAUGGUAUCGUGUGGAUGUAUGAACAUGGUAUCGUGUGGAUGUAUGAACAUGGUAUCGUGUUGAUGUAUGAACAUGGUACAGUGUCGAUGUAUGAACACGGUAUCGUGUCGAUGUAUGAACAUGGUAUCGUGUCGAUGUAUGAACAUGGUAUCGUGUUGAUGUAUGAACAUGGUAUCGUGUCGAUGUAUGAGAAGUGUUCAGUAAGCUGCCGUAGAUAUGCUGUUCACAUAAGAACUGUUGCCUUUGGUGUUAUAUUUUGCCAUUGUAAAGGUGGGAUAGCGUAUCAGUAAACAAUUAGAAAUUGUCCCUGUGAACUCACCACACAUCAGUAACGUUUAUCUGAAGUUGUUAAAGUGCUAUACAUUUCACAAGGGUUCAGUGCUAUAGAUUUCUCUGAAUUUCAAGUGCUUUAAGAUUUCUCAAGAAAGAAAAGGAAAGAUUAUACCUAAAACCCUGUUCUCUUUAUUUCAAAAGAUCUUUACAUUCAUAAUUUAAAAAAGAAAUUGGAGCACACACAAUUUUGUUUAACAUGACAAAUUUAUAAUUCUGGAGAGUGUUUUAUGAAAAUCCUUAGGAGGUACUAUGUGACAUUAUCAUGAGGAGUUACAUCCAUGUUCCCGGUUUUACUUGGUGCUAUAAAUCAGAACUUCCUUAUCUGUUAACCUUUAGAUCAAAAUUAUGUAAACAUUUAGCUACAUCACAUCACUACAUUGACCACCUCAACACUGCUGUUCAUCUUACUGGUCAAUGGUUUAGUUGUUUCUUAAUACAGUCAUCCAAUAGUUGGAGAUAAAAUAUAAAUCUGUGUUUUAGAGACAAAUGCAUUCGAAUAAUAGAACCAGUGAAACAAAAUCUUUUUAUUUUAAAGAAACAAUCUUCAUUUCUCUAUUCAGUUUUUCGUGAUGAAGUAGAAAUUGGCAAUAAGAACAAAAUCUUUAAAUAUUUUGGAUUUUAUCUCCCUUGAUAAAAAAAACUCCUUUAAUUUCAUUGUAUUUGAUAUGUCAAGAGUUCUUAAAUGUACUGAUUCAAAGUCCUAGUGUGGUGUUUUGGCCUCCAACCAUUGACUUCAUUUGACCUGAAAGGCCAUAUGAGCAUAUGCUGUGGUGUCGUCCCUCUGUCCGUCUGGCAUCAACUUUUUAUUUGAACUUUUUCUGAAUAACCAAGAAACCUAGGGUGAUGAUAUUUGGCCAGUAACAUGCUGGGAUGAGGGGCUAUUAAGUUUGUUCAAAUGAAUGACCUUGACACACUUCCAAGGUCACAGGGAUUAAUGGUGUUAAAACCUUGAAAUGAAUUCUUCUGAUUAAUCAAGAGGCCUAGGGUGAUGAUACUUGGCAUGUAGCUUAAUGAUAUUAAGUGAUAUGAAGUUUGGGAUCUGAAUGAAUGACUUAGACCAACCAACAUUGAAGGUCAGUUUAGUAAAAUAAAAUCUCCCAACAAACAGCCUUAAGGUACAGUGUAAAACAUUCUUCUAAAGAUCCAUUGUGUGUAAAGUAAUGCUAUUUAGCCUAUUAAAACUAUUAAAAAUGAAUGACAGGAUAGCGAUAUAGGCCCCUUGGGCGUCUUGUUUUGCUAUGCAGUGGGAUUGUUGAGGAUUGUGUUGGAAUGUGCCUUUGUCAAUACACCUGAGUUAUGUUUUUGUGUGAGAGGUGUUUAUAUAAUGUGUUGAAAGUUCUCCAUCUGCUUUCUAUUUUGUUUUAUAUUUUUUACGAUUUGUUCCCGUUAUUAAUGAAUGUGAUGUAAAAUGGCCAUAGUGGUGUUGUUAGCGUGCUACUGUAGACAGGUAGUGAUCGUGUCGGGUAUCCUCGCCUUAUUCAUGUUUCUCGUACAACAAAUCUUUUUCCAAUCAAUAAGUAAUGAUUAUAAUCCAUCUUGUCAUCUGAUAUAAAAUUAUACCUUUUUUUCAGUGUGACAGUAGAAAAGGCCAUUUUUUUGUCAUGAAGAAUAAAACAAAAGUAGGAUUUAUAUGAUGUUUCAUAUGACAAUACUGUUUUUAUGGUAUAUUAAUAAUUUCCUUCCUUACACACACCUGUUGAUAAAAUUUUGAUUGAAAAGAAAUUAUUUUCAAAUUUAAAAAAAAAUAAAAAAAAAUUGACAAACUUUAAAUUAUGUAUGCACAAAUAACCUUAGAGAAAAUCAUUUAAGAUUAACAUCUAGAUUUAUUUAUAUGGCAAAGACUUAUUUUAAAUGAUGUAAUUUAGCUGACAGAGUUCUGGUAAAAGAGGUAGAACAUAUGGUUGGAGUGUAACAUGUAUUUCCUAUGAGCCUGAAGCAUGACCAGUGUACUCUGUCCUCCAGUUGUGUGUGUAAUCAACACUGAUUUUCAUUAACCUAGCUUAACUGCUUAACUACAACUAACUGUAACAGAAUGGGAAAUCACUCCCUUGUACUGUAUAGACUUUGCUAAUAUAUAUAUGCUCAUUGAUAUUCCCUGAUUACAUUUUUCUGUAUUAAUGUUUGUGUCGACUACAAACCUAAAUAAAUCUGAUUUUCUCUUUCUAUCA